GUGACUUUGUACUUCUGCUGCAGCGGAUAAUGACCGAGGGUGAGAUCCAACGAUAGAGCCGGAUUGGGAGGUUUGUUUAUUAUAGGGACUGAAUUAGCUGUUCAAUAAGAGGCGAGGAAAGAAAGAAUGAGAAAGGAAAUGGAGCUGACAAAUAAUGUGUGAAUCCAACCAGGAAAUGCAUUGAAAUCUCUCAUCUGGAAAUGCACUUACUGAGGGAAACGGAGGCGGUUUUCAAGGAGACCAUGGAAAACCGACGACUAUGCAGAAGCUGCCUAAUGUCAGUCAAUGCAUAGUGAAACUCUGGAUUCUAAAAGAAUCUGCUCCAUAAAGUGUGCCUCAUCACAAGUAAUUAUGGACUGAAAAAAAAAAUUAGAGCAUGGGACAGGAAGUGGACAACGCAGACUGACUAUGAGAAGAUGAUUUUCUUGGUGAAUACACAGUGAAUAGGAAGAAAAGGCAAAUAAAAUGAGAGCCUGAAAGGCUGGCGACUUCCACGGGUUUUGCUAAGGGCUGGGCAGUGCCUCUACAUGAUCACAUGACUCUGGAUAUGGAUGCAGUCCUGUCAGACUUUGUUCGGUCCACAGGGGCAGAACCUGGUCUGGCAAGAGACCUGCUAGAAGGUAAAAACUGGGACCUGAGCGCUGCCCUCAGUGACUAUGAACAGCUCCGGCAAGUUCACACUGCUAACCUCCCACAUGUCUUCAAUGAAGGGAGGUGCUAUAAACAGCAGGAGCGAGACCCAAAGCUUCAGCCCAGCAAGAUUGAGCGUUCCUGUCUUCAGAAACAGGAUGACAUUGCACAAGAAAAGCGCCUUUCUCGAGGAAUUUCCCAUGCAAGUUCAGCCAUCGUCUCUUUGGCAAGAUCCCAUGUUGCCAACGAGUGCAAUAAUGAGCAGUCACCACUUGAGAUGCCAAUUUAUACAUUCCAGCUUCCUGACCUCAGUGUAUACAGUGAAGACUUUCGAAGUUUUAUCGAGAGGGACCUGAUUGAACAGUCGACUAUGGUUGCCUUAGAGCAAGCUGGUCGUCUGAACUGGUGGUCUACCAUGUGCACGAGCUGUAAGCGUCUUCUUCCACUGGCUACAACUGGGGAUGGAAACUGCCUUCUGCAUGCCGCCUCGUUAGGAAUGUGGGGAUUUCAUGAUAGGGAUCUGAUGUUAAGAAAAUCCCUGUAUGCCAUGAUGAAGAGUGGUACUGAGCGGGAAGCCCUGAAAAGACGAUGGAGAUGGCAGCAAACACAGCAAAACAAAGAGUCUGGUUUAGUUUACACAGAAGAGGAGUGGGAGAGAGAGUGGAAUGAACUUCUCAAACUGGCAUCUAGUGAACCACGCACACACCUCAAUAAGAAUGGAGUUACAAGUGGAGGGGUUGACAAUUCAGAAGAUCCUGUGUAUGAAAGCCUGGAAGAAUUCCAUGUUUUUGUGUUGGCUCACGUGCUUCGGCGGCCCAUAGUGGUUGUAGCAGAUACCAUGCUGAGAGAUUCAGGGGGAGAAGCUUUUGCACCCAUUCCUUUUGGAGGCAUCUACUUGCCAUUGGAAGUUCCACCUAACCGAUGUCACUGCUCACCCUUAGUCCUUGCCUAUGACCAGGCCCACUUCUCUGCACUGGUGUCCAUGGAACAGAAGGAUCAACAGCGAGAGCAAGCUGUAAUCCCACUAACAGAUUCUGAGCACAAGCUGUUGCCUCUUCACUUUGCCAUGGAUCCAGGAAAGGACUGGGAAUGGGGAAAAGAUGAUAAUGACAACAUAAAACUUGCCAAUCUCAUCCUGUCUUUGGAAGCAAAACUCAGCCUUCUGCACAACUACAUGAAUGUAACGUGGAUCCGCAUUCCGUCAGAAACAAGGGCUCCUCUGGCUCAGCCAGAGUCUCCUACAGCAUCAGCUGGUGAAGAUGUCCAGUCUCUGGCUGACUCAAUGGACUCUGACCGAGAAUCAGUCUGUAGCAAUUCAAACGUUAACAACGGAAAAUCUAACAAAGAAAAGGAUAAGGAGAAACAGAGGAAAGAAAAAGAAAGAAACCGCACAGACUCUGUUGCCAACAAACUUGGAAGCCUUAGCAAGACUUUGGGGAUCAAAUUAAAAAAGAACAUGGGAGGGUUGGGAGGACUGGUGCAUGGCAAAAUUAGUAAGUCCACCACAGGCAAUGGCCGAAAUGGAGAGCCUGGCGAGAAGGGAAAGAAAAAGGAAGCAAAAACCCGCAAAGGAAGUAAAGAGGAAUCGGGCCAAUCAGCUAGCACAUCCCCGUCAGAGAAGACCACUAGUCCAUCGCCUACCGAGAGGGCGUCUGGAGCGUCUCCUGUGGAGAAGUACUGCUCCUCCAUGAAAUCAUCGAAUGAGAAGCAAACGGACCACUGGAAAUAUAGCACUGAUGUAAAAUUAAGCCUGAACAUCCUUCGAGCAGCCAUGCAAGGGGAGCGGAAGUUUAUUUUUGCUGGACUUCUUCUGACUAGCCAUCGGCACCAGUUCCAUGAAGAAAUGAUCAGCUUCUACCUGACUAGUGCCCAAGAACGAUUUAGCGCAGAGCAGGAGCAGAAAAGAAAGGAGGCCGAAAAGAAACCUGCAGCCAACGGGACGCAAGUUAAAAAAACGGAACAGGAGACUUUCCCAAAAGAUAAGCUCGACGCUUCUCCACCUGAGGAAUCAUCCCCAGUCUUACACCAAAGCCAUACCUCGCAGCUGGUUUUGAAACUGCAGGAAAGAAACAGUCCAACAUCCGGCCCCUUCACCUCACCCAGUAAUGGUGCUAAGAAAUCUGGGCCUAUCCCGGUGUCUGCCCACUACAGCCAUACCCCUCCUAUUCAGCGUCAAAGUGUCAUCCACUUGCAGGAUGUCAGCUCACAAUCGUCAAGCUUCCAAGAGGAUAUGUACAAACCUGUGGUAGGCACCCUAAAGACAUGCGCCACCUAUCCACAGCAGAAUCGGUCACUGUCAUCUCAGAGCUACAGUCCAGCGCGAAUGUCAGGGAUUCGUACAUUUAACACUGUGGAGUCUCUGAAUUGCUCCCGGUCAGGGGAACACAAGUCUCACACUUACACUAACGGCUUCAAUGCCAAUGAUGUCCGUGACUGUCUGGAAUAUGCAGAUGAAGAUUCUCCACAGGCCUGGUUAAAUCACGAAAAAAGCAAAGGCAGAAAUAUAGGUUGUUCACUUUAUCCGAUUCAGCAAAACCGCUGUAAGAAGGAGAACUGCUCCUUUUAUGGACGGCCAGAGACUGAAAAUUACUGCUCCUACUGUUACAAGGAAGAGAUGAGACGCAGAGAAAAGGAAGGCAAAAUGCAUAGGCUUGGAUGAACUACUGGGUGUCCGUGUCAGCCCAGCAGGUGCUGCUGGAGAGAACGCAGCAGCAGCACUUGCUGAACUCCAGCCUAUUGCAUUGUACCAAUAUUCUGUCUCUGUUAAAGAGAUAACGCUCCUCUUUUCUGUUUUUCUCUUUUUUUUUUUUUGCUUUAUUAAUGAAUACCAUUACAAGGUAUUGCAAUUCAGAAAGCUGAAUUCUUUUUACAGUUACGACCAGGGAUUUGUUGCCGAUUGCGUUUUGUUUUCAAUUUGGCUUUUUGCACUUUGCACUUUAGGAUCAAUAAACUAGAGAAAACAGCGUUUCCCCUUUAAGUCCUAAUAAAUUCACAGUUGGAGCCUUAAAUGCUGCUUUGCCUUGGCAAAGCCACUGCUUGAUUACAGAGGCGGCCCAGCCAGGAGGUUUAAGCAGAUUAAAGGAGCUUUUUGAAGUCUGAAUUUCUUGUAAUCUGCUAGGUCAUCACUCAUGUGCAUUUUCUAGCAUGUCAUUUGGUUACUUUUAGGGAAACGGUGUUACCUUAGUUAAAGGGGAAGAGCACAGCUCUCUAGAUUCUGUUGCAAAAGUGAAAUGAGAAAGAAAUUCUUCAGAUGACAGCAUGGACUGCAGCUCAUUUUUUUUCUAAUUAUUACACAUUUUAAAAGUUGAUUUAUUAGGUUUAGAACCCUACUGAAAAGGUUGAGUGGAUUGUCCAUUGGUGAAUUUUCCAAAUCUGAUUUGUCUGUUAGAGUGGCCAGGUGGGCACCAACUCGGGCUCAACACAACACAUAUUUACACACACACACACACACACACUCUCAUAGCAGGUUAACUUAGAGUCAUCUGGUAACCUAAGAAUCAUGCCCACCUUCAGAACAUGUGAGGAAACUGGAGUGUCUAUAAAAACCCACCCAGAUCAGAAGGGAAUGCUCAGACUCCGCACAGAAUGUAACUGGAAAUUGAACCUAGAAGUAUGGAAGAUUAUUUGUGCCAAAAUGAAAUGCAAUUCAAGUGUUAAUUGCACGUGGUGAAUUUAAUUUUGGCACAGUUUUAUUUUUAUCAUAAUUAAAACUGUAUCAACCAAAUGAUCUAUUGCUUUUCAAUAUGGAAUGCAAUUUUUGUCUGUUUAAAAUGCAGUACAAAAGCUUAUACACUCACACAUUUAGUCAGGCAUUCACAUCAGACAGUCACCAUCCGGGCUCAUCAGAGGUAAGCACUAGCACCUUGGGACACUAACUAGUAGGUGCGAUCGCCGACUCUUCCAUCUCAUUUCAAUUUCCACCCAGAGCUCCAAGAAGCUAUCAAUUGAGGACAACUGGCCCCGCCCCAUCCGGCCCAUGAGCUAUAAAAGCAAGGUGCUCCUGGAAGGAGGAGUCUCACUCUGGAGAUGAGCUAACCAUGCUGUGGAUGUCCGACCCUGAAGCCUGACCACUCUCGAGAGCAAUCUCACGGCAGUCUAAGGCUACCCUGUGCUUUUGUAUCUGUGUUGCACCAUCUUUCAACUGUUAAUUUGAUGGAACUUAUUUUGAGUAACCAGGUUGGCACUGCAACAUUUCAUCCUUUCUUACCUAUAACCCAAUGACUCAUUAUAUAUAAAUAUAUACAUACAUACUGUAUACACACACACACACACAGAGUUAAAUAAUUUUUUAGCUCAGGGUAAAAGGCUGAUCAUCUGCUCUGCUCUUCCCUUUUAUGUGCUGUCUUAUCCUUUCUACUUUUUUGUAAAGCAAAAUUUGGAAAUUCCUUGGUUGUAGUGCCAAGUUAAAACAAAGGCAUGUUUGGAUUGGUUGUCAGACUGUAAAUUGAGAGGGCUCUCCUGUAAUGCUAACCAAUUAACAAAAAUAAAGGCAAUCAAUAAUUAAAUGGAAAAACAGCUCUUGUUGCCUAGAGCCCUUGGUCACCCUAAACCCUUGCAGGCCAGCAGUUUCUUUGCCAUGCUGUUGCUUUGUUUUGUCAAAUUCUUGUAUGUUGAUUUAAGGCAGAGGAAAGUGCAACAUCAAGGCGCAACUGGAAACAACUGAAAAAGGAAACAUGCUUAUAUCAAACUCACUAAUAAAAUGUAUUAGAUGUCAAGUAUAUAUAUUAAGUAGAAGAACUCACCAGUUCAAAUAAUUUUGCCAGUGCAUCUGUGUUUCUAGAUACAUUUGUAAAGUGAUUCCUUAGAGCAAUAACCAGUCUUUGUAGACCAGUGUCUGUAGGUUCAUAAAUGGAUAGAAUUCUAAUUCUAAAGAAACAUUCAAAUCCAAAGAGCGCCGACAUUUAUUCAGUGCGCACUCCACAGCUCUGCCCAUUAAAACGUCACCUAACUGUGUCAAAACGCCAUGGUGGGAUGCAAUACAAGCUGUGUGUAGCAUAUUACCACUAGAUGCCAGUGUCAAGCUUCCUAAAUCCCAAACCAAAAAUGGGGAGCCAAUGACUUGUGCCACAUAAAGCCAAGGUGCCCAAUAACAAUACAAUAAUAUCCUAGGCCUGAGGUAUAUUUUGUAGUCACAAAGCUUCCUUUAAUUGUAUUGAAGUGUGCAAGCAUAAAAAAAAAAUAGUGUAUCUCUGAUCUUCGGAGGAAAAUACCAACACAAGAAAGCAGAUUUAAUAACACAACACCUUUUGGAUUCUGGACUUAAAAGUGUCAGUUAAGAGUGGAUCUUUGGUAGCAAAUUGCCUCUUAUUGUUGUCAUGCCAAAGCUCUCUUGAGAAGGUUUCGGAAGCUACCUCUUUAGAUUCAGUUUUCUAAUUUAAAGAAUUGUGGCUAUAGCUCAGAUUUUCACACAGGUGUCUUCCUUCAUGUAUGCCAGUCACAUUACUGCCAGCUUCAUGGCACACUGCGACUGCCGUUUAUUCCGAUGGUGAAGGAAAGAAUUCUGUCAAGUUUUGUGCUCAUUUUUAAGUUUUCUGUGUGUUCAGGUGCACAAUAAGCAACCACCUUAGUCUUCCAGCUGUAGCCACAGCUAUGUGAAUGAAGGAUAGCUGAAUACAUUGAAAAAAAAAUAAAUGAAUAAAUAAAUAUAUUGUAAUAAUGGUGCUAUAUAGCGCCUGACCCAACACAGAUUGGACACAGUUUUAUUUUUCCUUCAGCUGGAGGGCACGUCUUCCCCGUAAUCCCUCCAGCCACAACACAGUCCCAAAUAAAACACAGUAUACUACUCUCUCUCUCUCCUGUCUUCCACCGUCACUCCACCUCAGCAAGCUUUGUCCACCUCCACCCGACUCUGGCCGCUGAGUGGUGGUUGCUGGCUCCCUGUUAUCAGGCACCCGGAAGUGCUCCAGGUGAUUGAUUAGCAACAUCCGGCUGCACUUCCGGCUAAGGUGAAACCAGUGCCCAAAAGGGGCCAGCCCUCCUGUUGCAGCACCCCCUGGCGGCGCCUGCGAAACCCCACAGAGCUGCACAGAACUGCAACCCCCAUGAAGCCCUGGGGGAGUCAGAGGCACCGCUGCAACUGAGGGAUGCUACCAUCUAGCGUCCAGGGGGAGAUGCUGGGCUUUCCACCUUUGUCCCCCUAGCAGAUGUGGUGAAGGGGCAUCCCAGCCAGGCUUGGGCCUCGGCCAUCUGUCACAAUAUAUAUAUCAGUCAGUCAGUCAUUUUCCAACCCGCUAUAUCCUAACACAGGGUCACGGGGAUUUGCUGGAGCCAAUCCUAGCCAACACAGGGCGCAAGGCAGGAAACAAACCCUGGGCAGGGUGCCAGCCCACUGCAGGGCACACACACACCAAGCACACACUAGGGGCAAUUUAGGAUCACCAAUGUACCUAACCUGUAUGUCUUUUGACUGUGGGAGGAAACCCAUGCAGACACGGGGAGAACAUGCAAACUCCACACACGGAGGACCCGGGAAGCGAACCCAGGUCUCCUUUCUGCAAGGCAGCAGCGCUACCACUGCGCCACCGUGCCGCCCUAAAUAGUCAUCCAUCCAUCCAUUUUCCAACCCGCUGAAUCCGAACACAGGGUCACGGGGGUCUGCUGGAGCCAAUCCCAGUCAACACAGGGCACAAGGCAGGAACCAAUCCCGGGCAGGGUGCCAACCCACCGCAGGACACACACAAACACACCCACACACCAAGCACACACUAGGGCCAAUUUAGAAUCGCUAAUCCACCUAACCUGCAUGUCUUUGGACUGUGGGAUGAAACCCACGCAGACACGGGGAGAACAUGCAAACUCCACACAGGGAGGACCCGGGAAGCGAACCCAGGUCCCCAGGUCUGCCAACUGCGAGGCAGCAGCGCUACCCACUGUGCCACCGUGCCACCCUAAAUAUAGUAUAUAUUAAUAUAAUAUACACAAACACAAUUUGUAUGUACAGUAUUUUUCAAAUUCAUAUGUAUAUCCUUCAAAUUAUUUGAUUGUACAUGACUUAGGUGGUUCAUAAACCAUUCAGCAUAUUAUAUAAUUUACAUAUUUAUAUGUACUGUAUAUAAUUUAUUAUGCUGAGCAGUUAAUGAACCACCCAAGACAUGUACUUCAAAUAUUUUGUAGAUCUUUCCCAUGACAGUAGUCUUGAUUCACGAGGCACCUUUUGACUUACUGUUCUCUACUCCACUCAACACAAAGCAUGGUGCAUAAAAUGAAAUGCCUGCCCUGCAAUGUAAACACAUUAACGUAUCAAUGCAGAAUCAUCGAGUUUUUCAACUGAAUGUCUUUGAUUUUGGUUGAGUUAUAAUUCAUGCUUCACUCUAAAGACUAAAUCAUGCAAAACUGCCUUUCAUUAAUUAGUUAUUGUAAAUGCACACUUUUUGGUGACGUCCUUCAGAACAAAUCUAUUCUAAAGAAUCAGCCAUCUUAUCUAAGGUUUAUUCCUACCUUGGACCUAAAACAGAUGUCACAUUACAUGACUUCCAGUCACAGGGAAUGUCAAACUUGUCGACUGCUGUUGCUGAUCUCGUUACCACAGGACAUCCGGUUGCAUGACUAGAAAUAACAGAGCAUGUCAAAUUACAUGACAGAAUGACAGCUCUCCAGCACAGUGUCACAUUUUCAAAGUGCCGUGAACCAAUGCUUUUUUUCUGACCGCUAGAAGUGUGCUGCCUGUAUGAAGGUUUUAUAGAUAUGGCAAGUUCCAUUUUUUUUUGUUUCAUAUUCUGAGGUGGCAUGUAAAACAGGUGACAUCAGACAGCUGAGCCUCAUUUCUGUUUGUCAGGUCCAAAACCAAAACUCCCUUGUUCCCUGUUCCUCGUCGCUGCAUUACAUGCGUUGCACUUCGGCUGAGUGCUCAUUAGUUCCCAACUCUUGCACACACAGAGUACGGCCCUACAGACUGAGACAAAAUCAAAUCUGCUUGACUCUGUCGGGGUGAGUUGCAGACUAGUUAGGCCGAGUCGCUGGGUAUGUCAGACUAUACAACUGAGAAGUCACGGGAUUUAACUGCGACUUACUAAGGUUACAUAAAUGAAAACUGCUGUAAUGUGACAUGGGUUUAAGGUGUCAAGGUUUCUUUAUUUAGUUAUGUUUACACAAGAAAUCAUGAAAUUUGCCUUCUCAGUUGCAUCUAAUAACAGACAGAAUGAAAUUAGAGAUAAGACAGGUUAAGGUAUGGCAGUUUGAUAGUGCAUAUUUAUACAAAUUAGUUACAGGAUACAUAUCAAACCUCUACUGUUUUCUCCAAUAUUCCUUAUUAAAAGGUCAUAUGGCACUAGUAAGAAUUUCUGGAGCGAUUUGUGUGGGUUUUCAAAGACACUCUUCUUCCUGAUUUAAUGAAAUUAAGUUCUACAUGUAAUGGAUGUCUACCAUCAGUUCAGAUAACUUCCAGUUUCCUUAGCGUUGUCCUCUGACGCACAUUCGCCAAAUCAUCUACGUCAGCCCCACUUUAGCUGCAUGCUUAAUAACCUGCUGGAUCUUUUUAAAAUUUUGGUUUGUCAGGCUACUAAACCAGGCAAUAAAACUGAAAGGGAUAAGAGACUGGAUCACACUGCAGUUAAAGGACAACAUGAGGUCUUUGCAUUUAGAGAAUAUUUUUUUGUACUUGUAUUCCAAUUAAGAUUAUUGUCUAGGUUAGUUCCGAAGUAUGUAUAUUCAGUCACUAUUUCUACCUCCUCCACCAGAACAGUGGGUGAACAUACAGAUUUCUGUCUCUUAAAAUCAAAUAUCAUUUCUUUGGUCUUUUUUACAGUUCCUCUUACUCCACUUUAUCGUACAGUCCACUUGAUUUAGAUAGUGGCUUUCAUCCUCCCCAGAUAUGUGUUCAAUGAGCAGGCUGUGUUCAGUAUAUUUCAAUAUGGAGCAUUGGUCAUUGUUCUCAGGUCACUUGUGCAUGGAGUAAACAGUAAUGGUGAGAAGACACACAACCCCUGCGGGCUUCUUGUGUUUGAAUGAAUUACUUUUGAAAAAGUGCCAGAGCACUAAAAGUUCAGAGUCACAUAGGACUUGAGCCCAUCUCAACGGCACUGGACGCAGGGUAGAGUCAGUCCACUGGCAGGUCCACUCAUGCACACGCCUUCACCUCUGCUCACACUAAGCCAGUUUAGAACUGACUGUUCACCUGUCACCCUCUUCACUUGGGUGUCAGAAUAAAACCAGAGAGCUUAGAGGAACAUGGAGAACAUGCAAAAGCCAUAAGAGCAAUGAACCAUGAGGCAAGUAGCAGCAACCACCUGAAGUCCCACUUCAUGACACUUUUAUGUUGUUUAAUAGUAAGCAGCAUGUACAAGUACAGCUCUGUAGUUUCUAUAUGUCUAUAGAUUGAACAUUCAAAUAUUAGACCAACCUGGACAAGAACAGGUCAUUCAACCCAACAAUGCUUUACAGUCCUACGCCACUUAGGUCUUCCAAAAUAAAAUUAAGUUGAGUUUUGAAAGUCCCUCAAGUCCUCCUGUCUACCACACUAGUUGGUCACUUAUUCCAAGUGCUUCUGGUUGACUGGAUGAAGAAAAACUUCCUAAUGUUUGUGAGAAAUUUACCCUUAAGUUUCCAACUGUGUCCUCGUAUUCUUGAUGAACUCAUUUUAAAGACACAAUCUCGAUCCACUGGACUAAUUCCCUUCAUAAUUUUAAACACUUCAAUCAUGUCACCUCUUAAUCUUCUUUUCCUAAAACUGAAAAGGCUCAGCUCUUUUAAUCGUUCCUUAAAAUUCAUCCCCCGUACCCCUGGAAUCGGCCUAGUCGCUCUUCUCUGGACCUUUUCUAGCACUGCAAUAUCCUUUCUGUAGCCUGGAGACCAAAACUGCACACAGUACUCCACAGUUACAGGUACAAGUAAAUGACUCUAAAUUUACGACAUUAUUUUUCACACACAAUCCGUCUGAGCUGUUGGUUGUGAUCAGGAGUUUCAGCCGAGGUAUUGAUAAUUUGAGAUGCAUGUCGCUAAGUUUCAGAUGUAGUUAAUAGCAUUUAUCUUUUUUUAUCAGUUCAUUACUGGUUUAUCAUUCUGAAAUCAAUUGUAUAUAUUAUAUUUAAUUCUUAUGAGGUCACCUUUUGUCUUUUACACAAUGAUUGUGUAAAAUAAAUUGAUGCAUGAUUUUUGUACUGCUGACGAAUCCAAAGGCAGUGGCAACAAGCAACCUCACCUAUAUUUUUCUAAAUGUAAUACUCUCACAUUCUAAAACAUACUUUAAAUUGUAAGGAUUUUGAUGCUGAGAUCAUGUUGACUGAGUUUUGUGUUGUCGUCUCUGAGGUUCCUGUCUUACCACCUGAUCCCUUUCGGCAUUGUUCAAACGCUCUCUACUACCAGCUUGCCGUUAUUUGAAUUUCUAUGAUUGAGUGGUGAAUUCAGAAAUACCUUUAAGUAUCUUCUCACCACAAUCCAGAAUUAGAGUGAGCAAGGUCAGAUAAUGAGUAAAUAUAUCACCCAUAGGAUCGAACCCCUAGCCCUCUCACUCAUUGGCCUUAGGCAGACCACACACAUAAGCACACUGUAACAGUCUUGAACUCUCCCUCGCUGACAACAAAUGAGGUUGGGCUCACAUUUCACAUUUAUCAGUUUGCCGCUGAUGUGAGACCGAAUCCUAAACCCGCACACUUACAGCCCAACCACACACUGGAUAGAAAAAUGAUACAACUAUCAGAAGUGAGGAAGUCCUUCUUAAGUCCUGGAAGUGUCUGCAAGAGCCGAUGGCAUUACUACACCAUUUAACACUCAGAUGUUGAAUACUUUUACACACUCCCCUGUCAGUGAAGAGUAUCCAUACAUCAGGCAGCACUCUAACUGAUUUUGGGUUUGUUCACUCUUCGUGCCUGUCAUGGCUCUUUUCCUACUGGAGAUAUAACCCCAGUUGUCGCAGUCAUUGGCACACGACUGAUAGGUCACACAAGUGGCCUAACUACUUGAGUUCAAGCAGGCUUCUGGAAUUGGCUUUCACUAUCCCUCGUUUAAAUUCACCAUUCUUGCUCAAGGUCAUUUCUCCUUUUCCUACAGUCAUUGUUAAGAUUGGGGUCACCCUUAAUGACCACCAUGGCUUGUCCUCCACUUGGCAUUGAGUCCAAGCCCAUCCCCGAGAGUCCCACCACCGACCCAACACAAGUGACAUAACUACUUGCAGGCUAACAGAAUUUGCUUUUACCACACCUCAUUUAAAUUCACCUUCCUUGCUGAAGGUUAUUUCUCCUUCUCUUGCCGUCGUUAGAUUUGGAUCAUCCUUUGCUAGGCAUUGUCGCUUAUCCUCCACUUGGGAUUGAGUCCAAGGCCCUCACCUUGAGAAUCACACCACCAGUCAGACACAAGUGACCUAACUGCUUCAAGUAAUAAAAAGAUUUUAUAUUCUGGAUGUUUCAUUAACACAUCAUUAUUCAUGUAUUCUUGUGCUUCUGGUUUCAUCUUCUUUUUGCUCCCCACUUUUAAUCAGUGGCUUUCAGUUAUUUUAGAUCUUACAGUUUUGAUUCCAUGCUUUGCCAGACCACCGCUCAUUCUUGGUUGACAUUAACAACCAGACACAUCUUGUGUUCCAACAUUGGACGUCAGUGAAAUCUAUGGUGGUUGACCUCUUAGAACAAAUUGUGUCCUAUCUAGUGGGACAAUUUUCUUGGAUCUGACGGGGUAAUAGUAACGCAAUAUGGGGGCUGUUGAAUGUUUUCGUAAACCU